UAAAUAUAUUCCCAGUGUCCCGAAUAUCUAACUGAAGUGCUAUAAAAACAACCGGCAACUUCCGGUAAACCCUAACCAAAGGACAGUUCGACAAAACCCUCAAAUUAUCCCCGAACAGUUUUUCAGGAAGAGGGAAAAAAGAAGAAACAGAGGGAAAGCGGUGGAAGCUCUGUUCUUUAUAGUGAGAUUCUGUAGUUAUUUCUGAAUCAUUUGUAUUCAGGAAAAAAAAAGGAAUUCCUAAUGGCUGGAAGAAAUCGUCUUCCUGCACAUGUUCUCAAGGGUGGAUCCCGUGGCAUGCCACCCAUGCGUGAGGGUCCAUAUACUAGAGGCCCUGGGCCCCUGCCACCUCAUCCCGGGCUUGAGGAUAUGCACGAAGGCCCAUAUGGCAGGGGCCCAGGACCCUUACCUCCUCACCCAGCUUUGAUAGAGGAAAAACUUGCAGCUCAGCAUCAAGAGAUUCAGGGACUGCUAGUGGAGAAUCAGCGUCUUGCUGCUACUCAUGUGGCUUUGAGACAGGAACUAGCUGCUACACAGCAGGAGCUACAACAUCUGAAUCAUGUAUCUCAAAAUAUGCAGGUUGACAAAGAGCAUCAGCUCAGGGAGUUGUAUGACAAAUCAAUGAAGCUGGAAGCUGAUUUGCGUGCCACAGAGCCAAUGAAAGCUGAAAUAAUGCAGUUACGUGCAGAUAAUCAAAAGCUGGGUGUUGCAAGACAAGAUUUGACAGCCCAGGUGCAAGCUCUGACUCAAGAUUUGGCAAGAGCAAGGGCAGAUAUGCAGCAGGUGCCUGCUUUGAGAACAGAGAUAGAAAGUUUACAUCAGGAACUACAACGGGCAAGAACUGCUAUUGACUAUGAGAAGAAGGCACACACCGAGCAGUUGGAGCAGAGUCAGGCCAUGGAGAAAAAUUUGAUUUCAAUGGCGCGUGAAGUUGAGAAACUUCGAGCAGAACUUGCAAAUUCUGACAAGAGAGUUCGUGGAGCUGCAAACCCUGGUGGAGCUUAUGGUGGUAGUUAUGGCAAUUCAGAAAUGGGGUAUUCAGGUGGUGCAUAUGGUGAUGGUUAUGGCAUGCACUCGGUGCAAGGUGCUGCAGAUAGUGGAGCUCCAUAUGGGGCUGCAGCUGCCCCCUGGGGAGCAUAUGAAAUGCAACGUGGCCAUGUACGUAGAUGAAAGACAGUCCAAUAUGGGCUUAAAAUGCAUUGCUAAAUGCUGCAUUCGUAUUUUAAUGAGUAUUUUGUGGUCAAAGCUAUGAAGAAUUGAAGCACCUGAACAGUUCAUUUAAAGAUGAUCAUUUCAAAGAGAAUUUUCCUUGAUUACUUUAGAAGUUUUUUGUUUGACAUCAUAUAUUUGAAAUGGUGAUAAAUAGCAAUGCAUGUCUACAACAUGCUAAGCUAACUUAUGUUUUUAUUUUUGAAAGUAGCUUGAUAGGUUAAGAUAUAUCAGAUGUUGCUUUUUAACAGUAUGUUUCUCAAUCUAGUGUAUUGACUUAAGACUGAUGGAAAACUAUUUGCGUAUUCUCGA